CCUGCCCCCAACUUUACUCCGCAUUUCGCAGCCGCAUCCCCUCGUGGGCCGUGGCCAAGCCGCCGCGGCCGCUAUGCUGUACCGCCCCAAUCCAGGAUCCGAAUGAGUGAUCUCUGGCCUUCUGGGCCGCCGCCUCGUAGAUAAUCAUACCGGAGAGCUUCGGAGCCGCAUGUCCUGAUAGGAGAGGUGGGCAGAUGGGGCCCGCUUGCAGUAUUGCGGACGCGGUUGGGGUCGCACGUAAACUAAGCCACUGGUUACCUCGGGCAGCUGCCUCUCCUCCCUUCCGCUCCCGCUCAUCUCGAAAGACCCAGAUUUAACUCUCUCUUCCUUCUCGGUCUUGCUACUGCGCUUGAUAUAUCGAAGACAUGCGUGAAGCCAUUCGCAGAGCCAACGGAUACGGCAAAGAUGCCUACACGUACUACCCCGUCGUCAUUAUCGGCGCGGGCGAGUCCGGCAUAGCCAUGGGCUGCAGGCUCAAGGAGGUGCUGGGAUUCGAUCAGUUCCGCAUCUUUGAGAGGCAGGGAGGGAUCGGUGGCACUUGGUGGAUCAACAGAUACCCUGGCGUUUCCUGCGACGUGCCAGCCAUAUUCUACUCCUUCUCUUUCUCGCCGAACCUCCAGUGGUCAAAGUUCUUCCCGUCCGGCGAGGAAAUUGUGCAAUAUCUGCAUCGCGUCUGCGAGAAGUAUGCCAUCACCGACAAGGUCCAGGUUAACACCGACGUCAUGGGCUGUCGAUGGCUCGAAGACGAGCAGCUAUGGGAGGUUGAACUCCGGUACAUGGCCCAAGGCUUAGGCGACCUAGGCGUGAAAGAUCGGGACCGUAUCAUAGGAGAGAAAGGUGAGAGCAGCGUGUAUGUGGGCCAUGAGUUUGUGAGGGCCAAGAUUGUACUGAGCGCUGUUGGCGGCCUUGUCGAACCUCGAGGGUGGCCAGACAAUAUCCCUGGGAAGGAGAGGUUUCAGGGCUCGAUUUUCCACUCAGCCAGAUGGGACCACAAUUUCGAUAUCAGAGACAAAGACGUUGUCGUUGUCGGGACUGGCUGUAGCGCCGCCCAGUUUGUGCCUCAGCUUACGACAACCCAUGGUGCCAAGUCUGUCACUCAGCUCAUGCGCUCGCCACCAUGGGUUGUUCCUCGUCCAACGCCUCCAUUCGGUGACGCUUGGUGGAAUAAGUGGAGCCCGUUUCUUUUUUCCACGGUUCCCGUAACAAACAAGUUCUUCCGGACUCUCAUCGCCGCUGGCGCCGAAUAUGACAUGCGCCUUUUCCACAUGGGCGAAUGGAGCGCAAAGGAGAGAAGUAAAGUCGAAGGAGAAUCGUUGAAGCACUUGAAGAAGGUGGUUCCGGAGAAGUAUCACGAGAUCCUCACUCCCGACUAUGGGAUUGGUUGCAAGAGACGCAUCUACGACGCCUCAUGGCUCCCGUUGCUGCAAGAUCCAAAGGUCGAGCUCACGACGCAGCCGUUGACAAGCGUGCAGGAGCGUAGCGUAACCAUCGGCCCAGGUCGUGCCUAUCCUAAACUCGACGUUGCAGACUCGAAAGCGCCGACGGCACAGAGAGAGGUUCCGGCAGACGCCAUAAUCCUUGCGAACGGAUUUGAUGUCACCAGAUGGCUACACCCACUGAAAGUUGUCGGGAAGGGCGGUAAAGAUCUUGUCGAACUGAUGGAGGAACGCGGCGGGCCGCAAGCCUACCAAGGCACGGCAAUGGACGGCUUCCCCAAUUUCUUCAUCAUAUUCGGCCCCAAUACUGCUACCGGACACACCUCCGUCAUCAUGGCAACGGAGAACAUGGUCAACUAUGCGCUGAAGUUCGUCAAGCCGAUCUUGGAUGGAGAUGCAACCACGGUUGAAGUCAAGAAGGAGGCGGAAGUAGCCUUUACGCAGGAUCUCCAGAAGAGCCUCAAGAACAGGGUUUGGAACGACGGAUGUAAUAGCUGGUACGUUGACAAGACGACCGGUUGGAACUCGACUGUCUAUCCCUACACCCAGAUCUGGUUUAUGCUCAGAUGCAUGUUCCCAGCAUGGUGGGAUUGGAAGAUCGAGUACACUCGCAAGGGGCUACUGAAGCUGUACGUACAGAGAGGUCUUCGUCUGGCUGCCAUGGUGGUUGUUGUGCUUGGGGUUGUCAAAGCACGCCAGAGGAAACUUGGACUCUUUGGCGUACUGUCUGAAGCGAUGAACAUGGCGAGGGGCAUCGGAGGGCGGUUCAUCAGUGCUUUAAGGGUGACCUCGUUGUGAGUUGGGGCAUGACUGGCUCGGCAUAGCGUAGAGAAGAUUGGUGUUGGACUGGAUGGCGGAUCAACGCCUCAGCAUGUGAAAGUUUAGCAGCACAUGGUGAAUGCGAGCAACGUGAGGUUACAGCU